AUGGAGCCGCUAUCAGGACCCGGAGCUAGAUCCAGCCCGACCGCCGACGAGACGGCUCUCGAUUCCGUCCAGUUCGGCGAGGAUAUCCGGCACCUAAUCUCUGUGCCGACCGAAAACGCCAGCUCCUUCACCGCGCUUCUCGAAUUGCCGCCCAAUCAGGCCGUGGAGCUGCUCCACUCCCCUGAGUCAACCCGGCCCGAUUCUUCCCAGCAGCAGCAGUACCAGCCGCCGCAGCACUUCAAUGCCGGCUUGCUCACCUUCCCGACCAACGCCGCCUUGAUUGAGCGCGCCGCCAAGUUCUCCGUCUUCGCCGCGGAGGAGGAUUUGAACAACAACAACAACAACGGUAUUGGCUCGCCGGAGACCAACUCGGCACCGUCGAAUUCCAGCGCGGGUCUCCACAAGGUCGUCAAGACCGAGCCGGCGGAGCCCGUGGCUUACCUUAAUUCGUCGUCGGUGGCCUCCGACCCGACGGUGGCAACCAAGGAUGAGAAUCAGAGGACGAACAACAAGAGGAAGGAGAGGGAGAAGAAGGGAAAAGGUUUCUCGAAGAAGAGCAAAAGCGCUGCAAACGAGAAUGCCGAGCAGCUGCCGUACGUUCACGUCCGAGCUCGCCGUGGUCAAGCUACCGAUAGCCACAGCUUGGCAGAGAGAGCGAGGAGAGAGAAGAUUAACGCAAGGAUGAAGCUGCUACAAGAACUGGUCCCCGGUUGCAACAAGAUCUCUGGUACAGCACUCGUUCUAGAUGAAAUCAUCAACCAUGUCCAGUCUUUGCAACGGCAAGUGGAGGUCUUGUCCAUGAAACUUGCUGCGGUUAACCCAAGAAUAGAUUUCAAUCUGGACAAUAUGUUGGCUGCAGAAAGUGGAUCUCUAAUGGAUAGCAACUUCCCAGCUGUGAUGAUGCCGAUAAUGUGGCCAGAAGUGCAACCAAAUGGGAGCAGGCAACAAUAUCACCAGCAGCAAUGGAACUUCGAUGUGGUUCCCCAGCCUGCAGGAGGUGGUUGGGGAAGAGAAGAUGGCCAUAACUUCAUCACCCCGGAGAACUCUCUCUUGAGUUACGUCUCCUCGGCAAAUUCAGCAUCUCUAAACUCGAGUCAAUUGAAAAUGGAGCUAUGA